UCCACAGAGGGAGUGGGGCAAGGCAGCAGUGCAUCUUCAGUUUACCGAAGGACGCCAGCCGUCGGUCGAUCGGCGAAGGCUCACUGUCUGCACAACUGAACCCCACCGCAGCUCCUGUAAACAACCCAACUCAACAACAACAACAAAAGCAGCACCUUUUUUGGAGUGGGCCAUUUCAAAGCUCGCUCGACUUCACCUUUCAACCUCCAGGACUCGUUUAAAAGUGUACCUGGAACGGAGCAGGUCCGGUCGGGGAAGCUACGAGGCUGACAAACGUGAGGCGCGAGAGCGACGUGCAAGACAACAAAAAGCCAGGAUGAAUCUCAACAGUCAUGCCAUCUUCACCCUCUACACUAUUUAUGGGAUUCUUCUCCGAGUGAUGGCUUCCAAAGGCAAAGUCAGAGGCAUCAGCGGUCAGCAUCCUCUGGUUCAGAAUGUCACCGUGACAGAGGGCGGGACGGCCAACAUGACAUGUCGCGUGGAGUACAACGACAACACCUCCCUCCAGUGGUCCAACCCGGCACAGCAAACUCUCUUCUUCGGUGACAAGAAAGCUCUGAGGGACAACAGGAUCGAGCUGAUCCGCGCUUCGUGGUCGGAGUUGACCAUCAGCAUCCAUGAUGUCACGCUGUCUGACGAGGGGAUGUACACCUGUUCUCUUUUUACCAUGCCCGUCAAAACCGCCAAAGCCUACCUGACAGUCCUUGGCGUGCCGGAGAAGCCAGAGAUCGAGGGCCUGAUGAAGCCUGCCUUGGAGGGCGAUCACAUCACUCUGACCUGCAUGACUCACGGCAGCAAACCUGCCGCCGACUUGCGCUGGUUCCGAAAUGAAAAGGAGGUCAAAGGUGCCAAGGAGGUGAACGCUAGCGGGAAGACUUUCACAGUGCGCAGCUCGCUGCAGCUGCGCGUGGACAGAAAUGAUGACGGGGUGGCAUACACUUGCAAAGUGGACCACGAGGCACUCUUGCAGUCGCCACAGCAGACCACCGAAGUGCUGGAGGUGCACUAUGCUCCUCGGGUGGAGAUCGUGCACUCUCUCGCAGUCCCUCAGGAGGGUCAGUACCUAAAGCUGGACUGUGUGUCCCAAGGAAACCCUUCACCAGAUCCUGUGAUGUGGACGAAAGACGGCGUGGAACUUUCGGACCUGGGUAGAGUGAUUGUGGAGGGUCGGGAGCUGAUAUUCACAUCACUGAACAAGACGGACAACGGCACGUACCGCUGCGAGGCCACCAACCACCUCGGGACCAGUAGUGCUGAAUAUGUACUCUACGUGUACGAAGAACCCACCACCCUGCCUCCAUCCACCACACCCCCCUUCCAUCCCAUCCCCCCAGACUCCACCGCUCUAAUAGGCACCCUCGCUUCAGACCCCGCAGUCACUGGAAAUCGAGAUCCCAACGCUUUGAACCAUCAUGGCACGGACCACGCUUUGAUCGGGGGAGUGGUGGCUGUGGUGGUCUUCGUCACAUUGUGUUUAAUCAUUGUUUUGGGAAGAUACCUGGCCAGGCAUAAAGGAACGUAUUUGACAAAUGAGGCCAAAGGGGCAGACGACGCACCCGACGCAGACACGGCCAUCAUCAACGCUGAGGGCAACCACGCGCACGCCGAAGAAAAGAAGGAGUACUUCAUCUAGACUAUAGAGGGCGCUCCCCUUGGCAUCCGUCCCUCUUGUGUCUUCUUUCCCCACCUCCCCUCCCCCCAACCACCCACCCCCCUUCGUCUCCAACCGGCGAUCGAGGCAGCGCACAGAAAAAGAGGAUCCCACUGUGUUUGCCCACCUUUUUGGCUUCAUCUUUAAACCCAAUGGUUCGGCGGCCAUUUUGAGCAGGCAUCGCUGCUGAAGUUCACUCGUGUUUUUGGCCCUCAACCCUGGAAAUCUGUAUAUCGACCAUGACUGCUUCUUACACCCCCUUCUUACACCUGAACACACCACCACGAGCACUCCCACUCGUUUUUGCUCGCACAUCCCCCUUCAAUACACACACACACACACAUACACACACACACUCACAUCAACACGGUGCCUAAAAAUACAGACGCCAUUGAACUCGUGUCAAUGCCUUCAUGUAUCAGUCAGUAGCAAUGUAAAUGCUUUUGUAGAUGGUCACCCGGAUGGACCAUCAUCCCAUUGCUUAGCUCACAGCAUUGUCUUUUGAUGAUUAUUUUCUUUUCUUUUUUUUUUCAAUGAUGAUCCGUGCUGUUUCGCGCCUUAUACAUACAUUGACUUAUACAUAUCUACCACACUCAAUAUCUUAGAAGAUCCCCCCUUCUUUAAAUAGACUUGUAAUUAAAAUGUCGAGCCGUGUAAGAUAAGAAAGAAGGCUUUGUGCGGUGCUCGUGUAGCAAAGGUUGCUCAGAUACGUGUGUAGUUCGUAGAGUGGGGCUGUUGUGUGCUACUGUUUUAGAGCCGAGAGUACACACCAAAAAUUUUGCUAGAUGAGACGUUUCAUCCACUGAGAAGAUUAGGACAGCAUUUUCUAAAUCUGCUAUACCAAUCUACUUUUUGUGUAUAUUCCUGAACUCGACGGCCUCUUUUGUUUUCCACGUGAUGGCUUCGGGUCGACUAGCUGUAUAAAUUGUAUUUAAGUUAGUAAAGUCAUGUAUGUCAUAAUGAGAAGG